GGUAAGACUUAUGGCAGGGCGGUGGUGGUGCCUGGUGAGAGGGAGCAGACCAGGUUAAAAUGAGGCGCUCGGACUCCCUGCGGGAAGGAGAGAUGGGGGACAUGAAGCCUGCAGUGCGGCUCCGACGGAAGGGAUGGGGCAGUGCUGAUCCCUGUGGGGCAAAUCCUUGUCCUGGGGGUGGGAACCCUCACCCCAACAGCUCAACAUGGAGCAGCUGGGAGUUGGCAGCUGUAAUCAUCGCUGGCCUCCUCCUGCUCUACAUCCCACUGUGCUAUGAGAAUUUCCAUUUCCACGUGGCUCAUUUGUAUGCUCGCCUGGGGUACCCCAAUGCCCAGCACAUCCUGGGACAGAGGUAUUUACAAGGAACCGGAGUGGAAAAAAAUGAGGACAUGGCUAUGCACUGGUUCAGGCAGGCUGCGGGGCAGGGCCAUCCCCACUCCUCCUUCAACCUGGCAGUGGGGGCACUCAGAAACAUGACCAUGGCACUUGAAGAAGGGGAAGUGGAGAAACUUCUCAGUGUGGCAGCAGCCCAUGGGCUCCAGGAAGCUCAGCAACUUUUGGAAAACAUCCUCAAGAGCAGAAACCUUCCCUGAUUGACUGCUGCAAUACCAGCGCUCGUCCAACCUUGCCAACUUAGCAACCCCACUUUCUCCUUGCUGAGUGUCUUUAGGCAUUUGAGUCAUUCAUUGGACAUUGCACUUGCUUUGUACUGGAUCUCCAUGGUCAGAUCUAUGGCAGUCAUGUGUUGCUGCACCUUCUCUUUUUGCUUCCUGGCUCGCCACUUCUGAAGAGCAUGGAAAAGGUGGGGUGGAGGAGACAAAUAGCCUUCAGGGUUACACUGGCAAUGGGCAUAUGGAUGUUUUUGAAAAAACACCACUAUGUUUGUACCAACUUAUCUGCUAAUACUAAGUUCAGUUUAUAUCCCAGCGUUCACCUGGACUUGGUGUGAGGUUGCUGCACAUUUGUGCUACCUGUAUUUCAUGCUCUGCUUAGGCAUUGUGAUAACUAAUCAUGACUAAGCCUUUAUCACUUUAAAUCAGCAUGGCAUGCAUGCAUGAUGCCAUUUGUAAU